GGGGCCUGUCUGGCCUCUGUGCCCUGCCCAGCCCCCUCCAAUGUACUGAGCCGUCUGCAGUCACUGCCCUGGCGUUACUGCUGGUUCCUCUGCCACCCCUGGCCCCUGUGCCCCCUCACUGGGCAUCACUCUCCUGCCCACAGCACCACCCUGGCUCUCUGUUCUGCCUCUCCAGUUUAUUGCCCGCCCUUGGCCAUGACAUUCCUGUGGCUGUGAGCUGGCAGCCUGGUCCUGCUCUUGGGUGUCUGGGCAUGCUGUGACCCCUCACAUCUGCUCCCUGGUUGUCUCGGUCCCAGUGCUGUACCCAGUUUGCUGUGCCCCUCCUGGAGGGUGGGGUUGGACCUCACAUUCCCUCCAGGUCUGCUCUGAGCCAGGCCAUGGAUGCUGCCCCCUCCCCACUGCACCAUGCCAGCUCUCAGCGUGCACGUUAUGUUUAGCAGCUGCCGUCUCUGCAAGGCAUCAAUUUCCUGGCUUCCUGAGGGCCUCGAAGUGCAGCGGGGGCGUCUCCACCACCAGACAGUCUGAGCCCCGGCCUGCCAGGGUGCACCGACGCUGGCACCAUCCUGUCUGUGCCUUGCCCGGCGCGCCCGGUCCCUUAGCAGGGCAGUGCCAAGCACCCCUCCUGCUUUGUUCCCUGCCAGGCACCUGGGGGCCCUCAGCCUGGAAAAGCAAAGAGCCCACAGGUCUCGCUGGCUGGCGCCAGGGCUGUGACAGGAAGGCUGAGGCUGCCUGCACCAACGUGUGAUAGCACGAGACGCUGUGCUGUCUCUCACUUCCCGCCCCCCCGGAAGGAAAGAGCUGCUGUGCACCAGUGGAGAGGGCCCCGAUUGCCGUCUGGUUCGGCGGGUGCCACACUCCUGCUGCCAUGUCCGUGACUGUGACUCUGAUGGGCCCAGCCCCCUGGGGCUUCCGCAUCACUGGGGGAAGGGACUUCAGGAAGCCCAUCACUGUGUCCAAGGUGACAGAGCAAAGCAAAGCAGCUGCGGGUGACCUCCGACUUGGCGAUGUCAUUGUUUCCAUCAAUGGCGAGAGCACAGCUGAGAUGCUCAACGUGGAGGCACAGAACAAGAUCAAGCAGAGCUCAGGCCAGCUGCAGCUGCUGGUGGAUAGGUCCCUGUUGUUCUCUCCCAACCAGACUAAUGGCGAGAGCUCCCCCGAGGUCCUGGCCACACGGUUCCAGGAUGCCAUGAGAACCAGAGAUGACAGCCAGAGCUCACUGAGAUCCUCCUACUCCAGCCCCGCGUCCCUUAGCCCGCGACCCGGCAGCCCCUUUUUGCCCACAUCCCCCGGGUUGCAGCCGAGCAGCCCCUACAUCCCCCUGCAGCCCAGCCUGGGCUCUGAGGCCAAAGCGGAGCUGGUGACCAGCCGCAGCUUCCAGUCUCUGGCCAGCCCUGCCAGCAUCAGCGAGGAUCGCUCACCCUUGCCACACAUGCAGUGUCUGGGCAGCAGGCAGGAGUGGGGGAGCCUGGGCCGCCCGAGCUGCUCUCCAGUUGCCGUCCUGCCACCCUUCAAGCGCACGCCUUCACCAAGAGGCUUCACUGCUCACAGCCCCUGGGACCUGGGGAAGGACCCAGGCAGGUCCUCGCCCUCCUACAGCCCUCGCAACAGCGUGGACUCUGAGACAGCCAUGCGGUGCCUGGAGGAGGACUCCGAGGUCUACAAGAUGAUCCAAGAGAACCGGGAGCUGCGGGCUGCCCCGCGGCAGUCCAGCACCUUCCGCCUGCUGCAGGAGGCGCUGGAGACCAACGGUGGAGAGGGCACUGCGACCCCCUUCCCCAGCCACUUGUCCCCCAGCGCUCACAAGCCAGUCUGCAGCUCCGUGGCAGGGGUCCAGAAGCUGCACACAUGCGAGAAGUGUGGCAACAGCAUUGCGACCCAGGCGGUGAGGAUCCAGGAGGGCCGCUACCGCCACCCCUCCUGCUACGUCUGCACUGACUGCGGCCUCAACCUCAAGAUGCGGGGCCACUUCUGGGUGGGCGAGGAGAUGUACUGCGAAAAGCACGCCCGCCAACGCUACCAGGGCCCUGGCGCUGGCGCCACCGCCCUCUGCUCCAAGUCCUGAGCUGCCCCAGGGCUGCGGCUUGCAGGCUUAGCCUGCCCCCCGGGAGCUUCUGCCACGCACAAACCCCACAGCCCAUGCCAUGCACAUCACUGCCAGCGCCUGCUCCAUGCUGCCCUCCACUGGCCAGCCGCCCGCCUGCCUGCCUGCCUGGUGAGCGGGCACUGCUGCUUCUGGCCAGUGGAGAGGCACUGAGCAGGUGUCCUGCUAAUGAAGGGAAGAGGGUGGCUCAGCCUAUGGGGAUGGGAUAAUGCCCAGAUCAUAGGUUGGAUUCAGCUCCUGGGACUCUGGCUCCUAGCCAGUGGCUCUCUGGUGUGUGCAAUGAGUGCUGCCUGUUCUCAGCCUGGCUCCUUAAAGUCCAGGUGCCCCCAGAGCACGAGAGCAGAGCUGUUGGCAGCUGGGGCACGUUCCUCAGGAUGCCGGCUUGUCCUGUCCCUGCCCCAUGGGCAGAGGGCUUAGCCCCCCAGGGCUGCUAGCAUAGGAGUUCCUGUCCGCCCGGGUCCCUCUCGGUCUCUAGAGCCGCUUUUGUAGUCACUGCCAGCAGCUGUGCGCACUCGAGGUGGGGGCAGGGGCAUGCAGAUGUGGGGCGGCAUCGCUUGGCACAUUGAUGCUGUUAAGCUUCUCUAAGGUAUUAAACCAGAUCUCUAUGUAAAUUAUAACAUAUGUGUACCCCCUCCUGUGUCUGGUGCGUGAGCCAGGGCAGGGCUGGGAGCACAGCCUUUAUCGGCAGGCCGUGCCGUAGAGAUGGAAACAGGAGCAGGG